CGUCGCCGCCCAAGAGCCCAGGCAGCGGCCAGGAGACGUCGCCCUCGGGCGGCCCCUUCCGGACUGCGCGGCUGGUGGCGGGCGCUGCGGCGAGAUGCCCGGGCGGCGGCGGCUGGGAGGGCGCUGGGGGGCGCUGGCGGGCGGCUCCUCCUGCCUGGCGGCGGCGCCGACCCUGCUACUCCUGCUGCUGCCGGCCGCCUGCCCAGUGGUGGGCGCGCAGAACGACACGGAGCCCAUCGUGCUGGAGGGCAAGUGCCUGGUGGUGUGCGACUCCAGCCCCUCCGCCGACGGCGCCAUCACCUCCUCGCUCGGCAUCUCCGUCCGCUCCGGCAGCGCCAAGGUGGCCUUCUCGGCCACGCGCAGCACCAACCACGAGCCCUCCGAGAUGAGCAACCGCACCAUGACCAUCUACUUCGACCAGGUAUUAGUUAAUAUUGGCAACCAUUUUGACCUGGCUUCCAGUAUAUUUGUAGCACCAAGAAAAGGAAUUUAUAGUUUCAGUUUCCAUGUUGUGAAAGUAUAUAACAGACAAACUAUCCAGGUAAGUUUAAUGCAAAACGGCUAUCCAGUGAUUUCAGCAUUUGCUGGGGAUCAAGACGUCACCAGAGAAGCAGCCAGCAAUGGGGUCUUGCUUCUUAUGGAAAGGGAAGACAAAGUUCAUCUCAAACUGGAGAGGGGAAACCUCAUGGGAGGGUGGAAAUAUUCAACCUUUUCUGGCUUCUUAGUCUUUCCACUAUAAAGAGAGGCCAUGGAGAAGCCUGAUCUACAAGCUGGAACAAGGAUCCAACUAUUAAAAAAAUACCCUCCUUCCCCAGAACUUGGCCAGACAUGCCAAUAAUUCCAGCCACCCAGUCAGACUGCCAGAAUAUAAGAAUGAGAACUCUUCUCAACGCCACUCUUUACUUUACUUGACAGAUCCUUGGGAAAUCUGCGGCUCUAAUUAGUUUUAGAUGACAGUGAUCUUUAAGAGAAGUGAAAUUAUCAACCUGAGCGAUUUGUACCUGUGAUUGUAAAGUCAAUUUUGGAUUUUAUUGUUGGGAUCAUUGACUUUCCUCCCUCAUUCUCUUUGUGUUGCCCUAAAAGGACAGAUUAACUGGGACCACACGACUGCUUCUCCAGGACUUAACACCCAAAGCCAGAAGAAUCUGACAUCUGAUGAAGUGUUCUUGUAAUGCUUUCUCUUUUUGUGUUUGUAUAGCCUUAAAGAAAGACAAAAAUAAGAAUGGCUUCAGUUUCAAUCCCGUAUCUUCUGGGGAAAGGAAAAUUUUGGACAUUACUGUGUCAAGAAGUGCUUUAUCCAGUGAAGCAAAUUUUGCACGAUUGGAAACUAUUUUGUGUUACUUGUGUUUUUCAUUGUUCUUUCUUUUCCUUUUUUGGACUCUCUUUGUGCUAAAGAAGCAAGCUAGAGCAAUCGAUAUGAUAAAACAAGCACAUAUGUACCCCGUAGCUUGCAGUGAAACUAACCAAUAAAACAGUUCUGCUUGCACUAUCUAGCUAAUCUAAUAGAAGAAUUUGUCAUGAUUUGAGGAAGAGAGUGCACAACCUGGUCCUCAAGUUACAAUUUGGAACCUUCAAAGGGACUGAAUUGGCCUGACAUUUCCAGAAGCUGUUCCAGAAGGCUGCGAAUCUCGUAUUUGAACACACCUUAAAAUAACAGCAUUUCAUUUUCUUCCUGGGAGUUCUUUGCUGCUUUAUUUGAUCGAUUUGAUUACUAAUGCCUCGAAUAUGUAGUGGUUUGGUCUCUUUGAGUACGCCAAUGAGUUGUUUCAUCUUUGGUUUUAAGUAAAAAAAAAAAAAGAUUCACACCAAAACCGCCAAGAUUAGACAUGUGUAAGAAGCUGCUGUUUGUAUGUGUGCCAGAACCAGGAACAUUGAAAUCCCAAGAUAGCAAUGAAUACACCAGAAAUUGUAUUUAAUUUUUAGAAUUUAUUUUUUUCUGUUCUUCCCCUGUUAGCAUCCAAAGACUUUCAAGUACAGUCUUAAUCUAAAACUGUAUACUGAAAAGGUCACUGAUUCCAAAUGAUAAAAGAAGAAACCUCAGGUUGAAUUCAAGUUCACCUUCUAUGUGUCAAUGUAACCAAAACACUAAUGGACUUUAGAUUCAGAAUAAAUGGGUUUCAUGUCCAACUUGCCUUCUUUUCACUUUGUUGAAAGUAUUUGACUUUGUGCAACAUGGGGAAAAGAUAAUUUAGGCUCAAAGAAGCCGUGAGUGGGCCUUUGCAUUUUUUAAAGCUGUCAACUCAUUUAAUUUUUUUUUGAAUUUCUGUUUCAGUUCAGUUGUUGAGUAGAUGGAGGUUUUAUUUCAUUUUUUUGUUGUGUUAUCUCCCCUUCUUAAAGAACAAAAAUAAUGCAAAUAAUGUUUGCAGAAUACAGC